GUGGAGACUUCUGGGAGGUGUAGUCCUUCUAAAGGAUGUCCGGUUUCCGGGAGGUGAAAGAUGAAACGUCACAGCUUCUCUUUCAACUGACAACAACAUGGCGCCGGCGGAGGGAACUUUAAAUUGAACGAGUUUCUAAAAAAGGAAAUUAAGACAUUCUGAAGGAUCAGAAAUAACUUAUUGAAAGUAUAAAUGCCGUGUUCGUUUACAUAGCUUGAACUGAAGACGCGAUUAUUAAGCUGUUUUUUUUCUGGAGUAAGAAUUUCAAAGUUUUUGCAGGGGGUGAGGAGGAGGGGGGGGGGGUGUUCUUAGUCCAAUAAGAGGAAGCUCAGUGCUGCCCCCUGCUGUUGAAGAUGAAACUGGCAGUGCCGACGGCAGAUCGUACCCCCAAAUCCUACACCCCCCUACACUACACUGACCAGGAGAGCUUUCCUUCAAACUGCGUCCCAAAACGACCGGGGUGCAGAGUCCAGGACACUGUCUCUGUGAAGAGCAACCCCAUGUUAUUGGGGUCCACUGACCAGGAGAGCCUCCCGUCGCACUGCGCCCCAAGACCUUUGGGGUGCAGUGAUGGAGACGCAUCGUUAUGGGGGGUGCAGUGACCCCGAGAGCCCGUCUGUGCAGAGCGACACCUCAUUGUUGGGGUACCCGGAGUCUGUGCCCACGCGCCACGCCCCCACUCCCCUGCACUCCGAACCCGAGCCCCUGGGGUCCCUCCCGGACCUCGAUAUCUCACUGACCCCCGAGAAGAUGAGCCGGGGUGCGGGGGGGAUCCUGAAGAGGAGAGGAAGAGGAGGAGGAGGAGGAGGAGGGAACAGACACCGACAGGUGCGCUUUCACAUGACUCCCAGGUCAGACACCAGCACCUGCAAGGACAGCGAUGACCUUUCACCCCGGCCGGAGAGGGAGGCGGAGCCCCGCACUGUGACGCCGGUGUCGGGGGGCGUUGACACCCCCAAACCCAACCUCAACCCCAACCCCACAGCCGUCUUCUCAAUGGAGGGGUCCUCGUCACGCCAAAAGGCACCCGGGAGGACAGCUAAGGGCAAGGCCCUCAAGGCUGUUGAUGAGCGGACGAAAAGCAGAGCCCAGCAGGCAGUGGGUGAGACGCCCGUGGAGGCCGGUCCAGGGGUCCUUCUGGAGAGACCGGAGCUGCACACCACGCUGGCCCUGGGGGCGGAGCUGAGGGGCGUGGAGGGGGCGGAGUUUCAUCCCAGGAGGGCGGUGCUCGAGCAGCUGAGAAAAUCAUCCCUGACAAGAAACCUUGUGGAGGGGAAAAUAGCAGAGGCUGUGAAUGUGCCUCGGUUUGAGACCCGGUUCCAGGCUCUGGUCAGCCUUGCGGUUCCUCAGCAGGAUGUUCUGAGCUCCGCAGUGAGAGAGCGGCUGGCGCUGGUACCGCCCGGCCGGACCCAGCCCGGGAAGAGUUCUCCAGCAGAGGGUCCCGACCUCCUCGCCUUCUACAGCCCCUGCGAGCUCCUGUGGGAGACCCCGCACCUGCCCCUGGAGGGGCUGCCCCCUCUCCGAGCGAGCGCCAGACCCCGACCCCCCCAAACUACUUUCAACCUCUACAGCAAACGCAGGCAGUGGGAGUCCUGAGCGGGGACCCCCUUAUUGAUCUGCGCCCCCAAAACACUACAACCCCCGGCAUAGCGCACCCCACCUCGUAGCGCACAGUCUGGCAAUCUCUGAACCCCUCGAUUCUUGUCGGAUUGGAAAUGUGAUGUGAUGUGAUGUCAGCUGUGAUCUGCGAUUUUUUUUUUUCCUAUUAAUUUUCUACAGUAUGGUUUGCAAUAAAAGAAAUUCUAUAAAA